AUGAAUUACAACACAGCUACAACCACCAAACACCAAUUCGGUCGCAAGCUGACCCGAUGCCUUGUGGAGUCGCUGGUCAGACCCUUGAGAGAGCUCAUCGAUAUCUUGCUGGAGUCGCUGAUUUACACGAACCGUCAUCGUCAUCGAACCUUGGUCAAUGUUUUACUUAAUAUCAGGGAGAACAUCAAAUCUUCGAAUGUGGAUGCCAGGAGAUUGACAGACACGUACGAGCUGAUCGUUAUGUUCCUUGAAGAGAUCGAUCAGUUGAAUAGUAGGACGUUGCAAUCCCUGGAAUUGAUCAUCAAACAAUGCUUCCAUUUUUUCAAAUCUUUUUUCGAAUCGUUUCAGUUGUUUCAUACUUUGGAUGAACAUAUUCAUAACAAUAAAAAUCUUAACGAUAAGAGAUUUGUCCUUUCAAUGAAGGAAUUUGUGACAUUCAAUAAACAAUGGUACAUCGAAUUAAUGAUUCAUUCAUCAGGUUAUAAAGAAUUCUUAUCAACAAAGAAUCAGAUUUUACCAAAUAGUAACAAUCAUCCCGAUAUUAUCAUCGAGAGUGAUUUGUUCAAAAGUUUUCUCUCAAAGAGGAAACAACGACUUCUGACAGAAUCGUUAGUAAAUAGAUAUAGAUCAUGUAUAAUAUAA